AUGAAAGUGAGACGCCUUUUGUGGAGCGGCUGGUGGCUAUGGCCCCUUGUGGCCGUCUGUGUUGCUGAUACGUUCCGGGAGCAGGCAGUGAGGAUCAUGCAGGAUACACCUGUCAUUGAUGGACACAACGACCUGCCCUGGCAGCUGCUGAAAAAGUUCAACAACCAGCUGCAGGAUACAAAAGCUGACCUGAAUACUCUGACUGGUACCCACACCAACAUCCCCAAACUGCGGGCCGGCUUCGUGGGUGGCCAGUUCUGGUCUGCAUACACUCCCUGUGACACCCAAAACAAAGAUGCUGUGAAGAGGACGCUGGAGCAGAUGGACGUUGUUCACCGUUUGUGCCAGAUGUACCCAGACACCUUCGUGUGUGUUACCAACAGCUCAGGCAUCAGGCAGGCCUUCCGAGAUGGCAAGGUGGCCAGUCUCAUCGGUGUGGAGGGGGGUCACUCCAUCGACAGCAGUCUUGGCGUCCUGCGUAUGCUUUAUCACUUGGGUAUGCGCUAUAUGACCCUCACACACAGCUGCAACACACCCUGGGCAGACAACUGGCUGGUAGACACAGGAGAGGAUGAGGCCCAAAACCAAGGCCUGUCGCCAUUUGGGAAGCGGGUGCUGAAGGAGAUGAACCGCCUGGGGAUCAUUGUCGACCUGGCCCAUGUAUCUAGGGCCACCAUGGUGGAUGUCUUGAGCCAGUCCUCGGCCCCCAUCAUCUUCAGCCACUCCUCGGCCUAUGAAAUAUGUCAACACCGACGCAACGUGCAGGACGACGUGCUGCAGCUAGUGAAGCAGACAGGCAGCCUGGUGAUGGUGAACUUCUACAAUGAUUAUGUGUCCUGCCAGGAGGAGGCCACCCUCUCUCAAGUAGCAGACCACUUGGACCAUAUCAAGAAGGUGGCAGGUGCUGGAGCAGUGGGCUUCGGCGGGGACUUUGAUGGAGUUUCUAGGCUGCCUGUGGGCCUGGAGGACGUGUCCAAGUAUCCAGACCUAGUUGCUGAGCUACUGAGGAGAAAGUGGACAGAGGCAGAGGUCAGGGGCGCUUUGGCCGACAAUCUGCUGCGGGUCUUCGAGGCAGUGGAGCAGGUGAGCCAUCACGCGCAAAAGCCUGAGGAGGAGCCCAUUGAGCUGGACAAGCUAGAAGGUUCCUGCAGGACCAAAUAUGGCUACUCAGCAGCCCCUGGCCUCUACCACCAGCCAGUGACCCUGCUGGCUGCCCUGGCCCCCCUCCUGCUCAGUGGGUACCUUCUAUGA